CGUACAGAGAGACAGGCGGAGAGGUCCUGUCACAGCAAAGCGAUAACACUAGUCUGAACAAAAAAAUAACAGAUAACGAGCUGCCCUGCUUUUGGUUUGCUGUGACCAGCAAAUCCGGGCUCUGAGCGGCUAAAAAAACAUACUAUAACAUCGGAAUAUUGCAAUACCAGAGCCAAUCUCACUAAUCAGACGGUAUGAGCCUAGUUUAAUGUGUUGCCGUGAAGCCUUAACGAUCUCUCUUUCCCUCUCAGACCAAAGAAAAAAGAGACAGCCAAGACACUGUCACCCCAUCCGACAUCAUCAACAAACAAAAACCCCACAAAGAGACGAACCAGCCAACCAACCAGCCAGCCAGCCACCAUCUUAACAGGCUGCUGAAAGAGACACACACAGAGAAAAGAGGCUAAUGCUUAUUUUGAUCAACAGGUUGUUGAGGUGAUGGUGGACUCUGACAACUGUGACUGAGGACCUAAACCAGAACCCCAAAAAAAAACUGGACAGCAAGAAGUGCAGCUUGCAUACAAUUUUGAACACGGAUCUACAACACAUUUGAUCAAACUCAAAGCUGUAUUGCACAGCUGUUAAGCAUAAGAGGAGCAACGGCCCUGGACCAAAGGUAGCCGAUGCUACAUGGAGUUUAAGACCCUCUUAAACCAAAGUCAAAGAACGGACCUGUGUGGAGUUACAUGGACCUGAUAAAGACAUGGAGGGAUAUUAGUUUGGGCCUGACGCCUGGGUUCUGCUUCCCAUUAUUGUGUGGAGUACGGAGGGCCAGUAGCUGAACUGUUGGCUGCAUGCUGCUGGACGGACCGGCACGCCUUAGGGUCGAAUCGAGCCGCUUCAACAGAGCUGAUGCCAAGGCCAGGAGUCAGCCAUGAUGUUUUUAUAACCUGAUGCUCAGCAGAGAGAUGGUGAGGAAGAAGAAUCCCCCUAUCCGGAGUGUAGGAGGUGAAGAGGAGGAGGAAGAAGAGGGCAGGAAGCCGGCAGGAGAAGAGGAAGAGGAGGGAGAGGAGGAGGGGAGAGUGGGAGCAGAGGCCGAACGAAUAAACCGACCAUCGGAACCCGAAUCUUCCGACCGGAUCAGAGGAGAUGAGAAGCCGGAGGAUGAGGAGGAGGAGGAGGAGGAGGAGGAGGGAGAAAGCGAGUGUGUGUCCUCAUCUGUCUCUCCCUCAUCAGUUGGUGAGCGCUACAGCAAUGAGGGGAGAGGGGCGAGGAGAGCAGGAGGGGGGAGAGCCAAACAAGGACAAGCGGCGUUGACAGACAGACCCGAGAGCCAGUCGGAACCUGAGGAUGGGGAGAAGGGGGCAGAGGAAGGAGAGAGGAGCAAAAGAGACCGAGGGAAGGCCGAUUAUCUCACGGCUCCUCUCCUCUCUGCUCCCUUCCUCCCCCCUAGACAGGAAGGAGGGGAGGAGUCCACAACUGACACCCCACCGCUUUCCUCCAGCCCCUCUCCUAAACUCCAGGACUUCAAGUGCAACGUGUGCGGUUACGGUUACUAUGGCAACGACCCCGCUGACCUGGUCAAGCACUUUAGGAAGUAUCACCUGGGUCUGCACAACCGCACGCGGCAGGAUGCUGCCCUCGACACACACAUCCUGGCACUCCACAACAUGGCUCCACAACACACUCCUCUAGAUAUACAAGCAGGACAGGGGCAGAGGAACCAAGCCAAAGAGUUGGGGAAAACAAGAUCAGAUAUGCACAUUCAACAGCACAGGACAGUUAUGAUGAAUGGCACAUAUGAUGUACAGGUGAUGCUGGGUAGCACGCUAAUUGGGAUUGGCCGUAAGACCUCUGAUUGCCAGGGGAAUACAAAGUACUUUCGCUGCAAAUUCUGCAACUUCACCUACAUGGGCAGUAACUCCCUAGAACUUGAACAACACUUUGUGUCCUCGCAUCCUAAUAAAGUCAAAACUCCACCAUCCACACCCCUGCUGGCAACCAAUAGCCUGGCAACGCACGACAACCAGGGGAAGGGGAGGAGUCAAAUCCUAGACGGGGCUGAGCGAGUGGCAGUGAGAGCGGAAGACGAUUCCUUGGUCGGUUACUCCAUCCCAGUCAGGGCGUGUUCAGAUUCGUCAAGCUGGACUGGGGAGCUGGGUCGAGAUGCGGUGCAGACAUAUUAUUGGUGUAAAUUCUGUAGCUGGAGUUGUGAGUGGUCAGGGGGCUCGGGGAAGCUCUUACAGCACUAUGAACAAAGACAUAGAAUGAGCACGGGAGGUACUAUGAGCCCCAGCAACUCGAAUCCUGGGGGGAUGGACAGAGAGAGGGAGAGAGGAGGGAGAAGAGAAGGAGAAGAACGAGGCCACAUGACAUCCAAAAGCCGCAAAGAUCUAUCAUCCAACCCAUCCAGCACCAGCCAAGGAGACCCAAACAGCAGUGAUUCAGAAGCAGUUGUGACCAGCUAUAACUGUCAGUUGUGCGAUUUCCGGUACUCAAUGGCCCAUAGUGCAGAUGUGAUCGUAGUAGCACCGUUACUACUGCACUACCAGCACAACCACUCCAUCCACCGAUGUUGCAUUCAGCACUGCAUGUAUUGUCCACAGGGGCUCUGUCAGCCACAUAAACACCUGGGGGAGGUGUCUCACCCUUUUGCUUGUCGGAGGCCCACCUGCCCUAAAUGCUGUUCCAAGUUUCCUCCGUCCACCAAGCAGCAGGACACCAUCGGAUCGAAACCUGCUACUGCCACCUCGCCUAGCUUGACCCCUCCUAAUCCUAGAGGGGACCCCGGGGGGAUUUUGGGAUCAACUUUUCGCCCCUAUGACCCUGCCCAUCCUGUUGUCACACAAGGCGUCACCCACUUGUGUGACCAGUGUGCGUUUGCCACCACCGACAUUGACGUGUUGCUCCAGCACUACGAAAGCUGCCACACCCUGAUUAACCUAAAGGGGACAGCGCCACAUGUCAAGGCCGAGGAAGAGGUUGGGGGAGACAAGGAAGGGGGGAGAGGAGGAGAGAGGGAGUACUCUUGUACAAAGUGUCACUUCAUCACGGAAGUAGAAGAAGAGAUUUUUAGACACUACAGGCGUGUCCACGCGUGUUGCCGUUGUCGACGCUGCGACUUCACAGCUCCUGAUUCGUCAGCCCUCCUCGACCAUUUUAACUCGGCCCACUGUCAUGACUCCUCUCCCUCAUUAAGCUCACUGACAACAACCUCCUUACCCACCUCACUGACGCCUUCGUUAACACUCUCAGCCAAUGGCUGCUCAGCUCCCUCUACCUUAGCCAUUAAAGAAGAAAGCAAAGGGGAUCUUCGCCUCCUCUACUCCCUUGCACCGCCUGAGGGACUGUUGGCAGAAGGAGGCAGAGAAGAGGCAGGAGGGGUAGUAAAAAGUGAGGGGGGUGAGGAGAAAGAAAGAGAGCGGGAAAAAGGCUGGGUUCCUGGGGAGACAAGAGGACUAGGGGAAAGAGGAGGUGAGCAGGCCCACGGUUUGCUCUGGGUGCCCAAGGAGCGAAUGGGACCUGAACAAGGAGUAGAAAGAGGAGGAGGAGGUGGAAGCCCCUCUCUUUUCUCCUCCCCACUCUCAUUGUCGUUUGUUUCAGCCAAUCCUGAGGCCUUGCAGCAGAAAAGACGCGUAGCUUCGCCUAGCAUGGUUUACCUGGGAGACACCAAGUCGUUUUUGGGAGAUACCAAGCUGUAUGGUGGAGGAAGGCCAGGAGGAGCCUGUGCAGGUGGAGUUGGUGGUGGAGGGGAGAAAAUGAGCCAGAUGCCACAGCAGUACACAGGAGGAGGAGGAGGUGGAGGGAGUGGCGCUGGAGGAGGGCAGGAGAAAGGAGGAGCUGCUAAAGAGGAGUCACAAUCCCUUCUACGGCGGCGCAGAGGCAGUGGGGUCUUCUGUGCAAACUGUCUGACCACCAAGACAUCGUUGUGGAGGAAGAAUGCAAAUGGAGGCUACGUCUGCAACGCUUGUGGUUUAUACCAAAAACUGCAUUCGACACCCAGACCUCUAAACAUCAUAAAGCAGAACAACGGUGAACAAAUCAUCCGCCGCCGAACCCGAAAACGGCUCAACCCUGAUUCACUGUCAACUGAGACCCCCGCCCCAAAACAACGCAUCACCAGCGAGGAGCGCGUGAAUGGCGAGGAGUUGGACAGAAGCUGUGCAACAAUCAAAAACCAGCAGCCUUCCCCUCGCUCACGCUCGCCCCGAUCCACUCAAGCCUUUCUAGCCAAUCAAACAUUGGAGAUCCACCGACGCAUGCCUCCUCUGCUCCUCCCUUCACAUCCCCCCUCCUCAUUGGUAGCUGAGGGCAAUGGGGGCACCGCUGAGGGAGGGAUAAUAUCAAAAGUAGAGGGAGGUAAAGGAGGAGGGGGAUCAGAAAGAGGCAGUCCGAUUGAAAAGUACAUGCGUCCAUCCAAACCGUCUAGUUAUUCGCCUCCUGGUUCACCCAUUGAAAAGUAUCAGUACCCCCUUUUCUCCUUACCCCUUCCAUUAACCCUCUCACCUGAUCUGACCCCUGAGUCGGAUUGGCUCAGAUUCUGGACCAAGUAUAAGAUGGCAGCUGCCUCUGGGGUUCCUGGUAGCAUCAGUAAUCUAAGCAGCCCUGGUAGCCUUGGAAAUAACGCUCAUUAUCUCGCUGCAAUGGUGGCUCCAGUGCAGCAUCAUCAGCAAAGCUACACCGUGCCUUACUGUGCCUCUCCUUACUCUCCUCUACCCCCUCCUCCAGCCCCUCCUCACUAUCCUCCUCCUCCUCUUCAUUCCCAAACCUCUUCACCAUCAUUAGAAAACGAUGCUCCUUUGGAUCUCGCAAUAAGACAAAGAGAUACAAGUGCUGCACAUGCACACAUGUCAACAAAUGGUGCAGAGAGGAGAAGGCAAGAGUCGCCACUUGCUGAGAGGUUGAGAGAAAACUGGAAAGGGGAGAAAGAGGAGGAGGAGAGGAUAGAUGGAGGGAACCAUAGAGAGGAGAUAGGAAAGGAGGAAAUGGAUCAUUCGACAAAAGGUCGGUCAAGUGUCGCAUCGAAUCCCGCGAUGGUGGAUGUGGCCACGCAGGAUGACCUAACCAAUCGCUGCAUCCACUGUGGGAUCUACUUCCUAGACGAGGUCAUGUAUGCCCUGCACAUGAGUUGCCACGGCGACCAGGGACCAUACCAAUGCAGUUUUUGCCUCCAUGUGUGUGUGGAUCGCUAUGAUUUCACCACACACAUACAGAGAGGCCUACACAGGUACACAGACAAAACGUCACAAAAGAAAGGUCACGGGCAGGACGGCGUGAUCCAGAACGCCACAGUGAUGUCGGGGCACGAGUGUCAAAACGUGACACCGGAGGAAAAAGAUGAAGAGGAUCAGAGCGAGAUCACAGAGGAUAGCAAUGACGUCAUAGGAAUUAAUCAUGACAUUCAAGCGAAAGAAUCUACAGGCAACGAUGCCACUGACAAUGAAACAGAAGUUGAAAUGGAGGUCAGAGGAGAGGGUCAUGACGUAACAAACCAGGAAAUGGGAGAUGACAUGGUGUCAGAUAGUAAUGAUGACAUCACAAAAACCACAGAGGCCACAACUGUUGCUGAAUCUGAAAACGUAGAUGAGAACACAAAGAGUAAUUAAUCUGACGCCUUUGACUCUCACAAACAUUUAAGAGCGUGUGUUAUUGAAUGAAUAAGCUGUCUGCCUCCACGUUCCUGGAGGCUAGCUCAUGUCAAAAUGGUCUAUCCUGGGCACUAAAUGGAACCCAUCCUUAUGCUGGAAGCACUCGGCUGUCAAAUGGUCGAAAAUCAUCGUAGGAUCCCGCUGAACUGCUGCAGGGACAGUUUGGAGAAAUAGCCUGAAUCCUGUGUUGAGUGACGGUCACUUGACAGCUCUUUUGCAAGUAUUUAACAACGGAGUCCAGGCAUGCAGCUGAAAUCACCUUUAAUAAACAGCCACUUCAUGUGCUUUCCAAAUAAGCGGAUUGGAAGCUCGACUGAAAGUUGGACUGGCUUCAUUUUUGAGGAUGAGUUUGAGGAGCUCAGCACUUGCACAGCCACCAUACAGCAUAGCAAAAAAAAAAGAAAAUAAGAAAAAUGCUAAAGUCAAAACACUUUAAGUGAACUGAGCUGAUCUGUUAUGCACCAUGCUAAACUGAACCACCAAGCUGGGCCAAACUAGUCUGAAGCAUCAUUCAGACUGUUUUAUCUUGGUACAACCAGAUCUGAUCUGGUGAGAACUGCUUUGUUCUGGUCCAGAGCAUGUUUUUGACUGUUUUAUUGUAGUGCAAAUGGAUCCAAAACCAAAACUUUUUUUGACUUGUUGAAACUGGUCGGAGUUCAACCUCUUUUGUUCUGCGCUGCAGUUACUGGUGUUACCUUGGUACGAAAGGAUCAGUUGAUUUCUUUAAUUAAUGCCAUGUUGUUUCUGAAACUGGCACA